AAUGCGGAAGUUAAAUUGUUGGGCUGAGGCCGCUUCCGGUUUACUACAUUUGUACUGUUUUUAAAUUGGCCAGAUGCUACUUGCACGCUGAGAAGCGCUUUCUUUAGAUAAUGACUGCUUUUAGUACAUUCUGAACGCAGUCAUAGAGUUGGGGGUUAGGGGGGCGAGUGCGUCGCCUCGUGCCGUUUGCGUGGCCGCUGCGUAGGCUUCACUGCGGUGGGGUUGACGUGUUUGCCCGCAGCUCACGUUAGUGAUGGCUGCUGGAAUAGUUUCCUUGCAAACUCUGUGACAAGUUCCAAGUCGGUUUACGAUGACGAGCGAAGAGGCCAAGAGCACCGCGGCGGUCAACGAAGACGACGACGACGCCUCCGCUCCUCCGUCCGAUUCCAACGAACACGAUUAUGCGGAGACUGAGUUCGCCGACACCUCCACCGCCGCUGAACUCCCAGCGUGCGCCGGGGAUGAUGAGGAUGAGGAGGUGGACGAUCUCCCCAAAGUGACCGUACAUCGUGGCCGUCGGCGGGCCAAGGCCCAGGAGGACAAGAUGUGCUGCUGCUGCAAGGGUCAGUUUGAGCGGCAGGGCCGUGGCUUCAACCGGAGGGCUGUGUUCACCUUCACCACACCAGAGGCCGCCCAGUGGGUCUUCCCCGACGCCUGCGCCAUCGGCAAAAAGUCGUUUGUGUGCGAAACGUGCGCGCAGGUCAUCAGGACGAAAUGCUGGCGCAAGAACAACGGGAAGAGGGUCUUGUGGCUCAAACCUGCUGCGGUCAAACAAGUGAGCAGCCGCCACAGGAAGAAGGGCCAGCGCAUGGGCAAGAAAAGCCGCGCGGCUCUGCUUGUGAGCAAGUCGUGCUACCGCUCGGCCUUCCGGACGCUCUGGUCGGCUAAGGGCGCGCGCAAGCCCAUGAUGGACUUCCUGAGCCGCGAGCUGCGCGAGGAGAUGAAAACACUAUCGCGCCACGCCGACAGCCCCUUCCACCAGAAGGUGUCCAGCAAGAAGCUGCUCUCCUUUUUCCCGUGGGCGCGCUGCCUCAGCUGGGUGCAGGAGCAUGCGCCGCUCGUCACCACGUGCCUGCGCUCGCUCUUCCCCACCGUCAACGCCCUCGUCAAGAGCAGGCACCAACUGUCGGCGUCGGAGGCGGAGCUUCAGGUGAUGCGCCGCAGCGUCCUGACGCUGGCGGUGCCGCUGUUCACCAGGAACAUCUGGACCAACAACUUCCUGCAGGCGGCGCUGGGGGCCAAGCUGCGUCUUCAGGGCUGCUCCGGACCCGCUCUGGACACCCUAAACAGCCUGGGCCUGUGCCAGAACAAGGACACAGUGCGCCUGCGCCUACACCGGUUACGUGGCACCGCCAGCGGCGGCCACAACAACAAGGCGAACGGAGGAGAAAGUCAAGAGCACAUGAUCGACAUGGAGGAAGACGACGUCGAGGAUGACGAGGAAGAUGAAGAAGAUGAGGAGGAGGAGGAGGAAGAAGAAGAAGAAGAAGAAGAAGUGGAUGACGAAGAGGAGGAAGCGCGGGUGCGAGAGGACGUUGCUUUCAACCUGUAA